AUGGCGAAAGCUAUACCACAAUCAUUUCCAAACACCGUCCACAAGCUAUGCCAUUGGCACAUCAUGAAGAAGUACAGGGAAUACCUCGCGUUGCUGUACAAAAAGUAUAAAACAUUCAAAGAGGAGUUCACAGCUAUAUUAAACUGGCCGCUGAUGCCAACGGAGUUUGAAGAUGCUUGGGCUGAACUCGUGCACAAGUACAACCUGGAGAACGACCAGAUGAUGAUGCAGCUCUGGAGUGAUAGGAAGAUGUGGAUUUCAGCAUAUUACAAGAACAUUUUCUCUGCUAGAAUGACCUCCACACAACGAAGCGAGAGCAUGAACCACGUGCUAAAGAAAGGGUUUGUCAAGGGGACCCAGAGCCUACACAAGUUUGCUAGGCGGGUCAAUGCUUGCAUACAAACUCGGAUGCAGAAGGAGAACGAGCAAACAAUGACCAGCAUGACCAAUCCUGUGACAAAAACAACUUACGGAUACGAGGAAGACAUGUCUAUCAAGUACACGAGAGCCGUGUACACCGAGAUGAGGAAUAGGAUGAGAAAGGCCACGCUAUUUCGCGUAAAGUGUACAGCGGAGCCCACGAAGUACCUUGCGUACUACCACAACAAGCCUGACCAUGAUGAUGAAGAAAGAUUUUCCUGGUCAAAGCAUGAAUUCCAGGUUGUAGCUGACCCGGAGAAUGAAAUAUACGAGUGUGAAUGCAAGCUCUGGACACACACAGGUCUGUUCUGCCUUCACAUCAUAAACAUACCGGACUACCUCAAGCCUGACAAAUUUCCAAACAACUCAAGGCUAUCGAAGCAAGACAUCUUGCUGCAGCUGAAUUUGAUGGUUAACAAGAAAGCGAUGAGAUGUGACCAGCAAUAUGACAGAGCCUACUAUGUUCUCAAGAGGCUCAUGGAAGAGCUUGAUGCAAUACAUUCAGCAAAUCAAGUGGAUGCUAACGAAAGGAUGGCUGAAGAGGACGCUGAAAUUGAAGAUGACCUUCAUUAUUAUGCAGCUGAAAUGCUCAACGCCGCCACUGAAGCCAACCAGCAAGCAGGGUGA